CACAGCAUUUUUUCCGCGGAAUUCAGUUCAGCGAGAUUUGUAAAGUUAGUCAGUGUAUCGCGUAUUUUUCGCUAAUAAAUAAAAAAGUCCUUUCUGCAAUAAGAAAAAUUUGAAGUGACCGAGAAAAUCGCUGAUCCAACAAAAGAAACUUGAAUUAAUAAAAAAAAAUAUGUGGGAGACAAUGUGAUGGUUAAUGAAUUUGUGUGAAUCGAAGAAAAAAUAAUAGAAAAUAAGGUUUUUUUAUCUCCGCAAUUAUAAUAUAUACCAUACCAACCACAAGUGGUGUCUAGUGUGUUGUUUUUUUUUUCUUUAUCAAACAUUUGUUAUCUUUUCGACUGCUAGGAUUUGUAGUUAGUUUAGUGAAAUAAAAAUAAAAAUUUAUCGAAUAAAUAAUGGGUAAAUUGUUGAGUUUAUUGGCAAGAGAUGAUUCGAAUUGUUGCACCCCGAAAACGUAUGAUGUUUUCCUCGAUUUCGAAAAUGCAGCCCCUACUGACACAGAACGGGAAGUUUAUGACGAAGUUGAACGUGUUUUACGAGAAUCGGAGGCCGUUCUGGACGAAAUACAAGUGUACAAGGGAGCUGGGAAAGAGAUUCGAGAAGCCAUAGCCGAUCCACAGCCACAAUGUCAGGAAAAGGCGUGGAAUGCAGUAUUACCGCUUGUGAUAAAAUUGAGACGGUGUUACGAACAUUCAUUGGAAUUAGAGCGAAUAGUACCGAAACUGUUGGGGCAACUAGUUGGUGGACGGUUAAAUCCUACACAGCAUUUGGAAACACAACAGGCGUUAGUGAAACAGCUGGCCGAAAUAUUGGAAUUUGUUUUAAAAUUUGAUGAAUAUAAAAUGAAAACCCCUGCUAUCCAGAACGACUUCAGCUACUACAGGCGCACAGUGAGCCGGCAACGAAUUGACAAUACCAGUCAAAUGUUGGUCAGCACGGAAUUGGCUAAUCGAAUGUCCUUGUUCUACGCCCAUGCUACUCCAAUGUUGAAAGUUUUAAGCGAAGCUACGUCCAAGUUCGUCCACGAUAACGCUGACGAUGUGGAUAAUACCACGGAGACGUUGGGUACAAUGGCAAAAGUUUGUCUCCGAAUGCUAGAAAAUCCAAAAUUGCUAUCACAAAUUGAACGAGAAGAGACACAUUUGCUGGUAUUGCGUGUAAUGGUCGGUCUGGUCAUAUUGUACGAUCAUGUGCAUCCGGUCGGAGCGUUUGCUCGUGGCGCUCAUGUGGAUGUUAAAGGAUGCGUUCGGCUGUUACAGGCUCAGCCGGCUAUCAAGGCGGAGCCACUGUUGAACGCUUUGCGGUACACAACCAAGCAUUUGAACGAGGAAAACACACCGAAAAAUAUUCGAAAUUUGUUGGCGGCAUAAUGACAAUGGUCCGACAAAAUUCAUUCUAUCGUUUCCUGUACCGUUUUCCUUCCUUUCUGUAAUUUUUGUUUUGAGCGAGAACAGUGUUUUGUUGUUUGUUUUUGUUUGUUUGAGUUUAUCAGAAAAUAAUUUUAGACUUAAUAAUGGAAUUGUGUAAUUUUCGUUUUAAUGGUAUGAUACGUAGACUAAGAAUUGCAUCUGGAAAAAAUAAAGAAGAGAAAACGAAGGAUUUAUGAAAAAGGAAGGCAGAGAGAUCAGUAUAUAUAAUAGGAAUAAUUUCAUACAAAAAAUUAGUGAAUUUCUUUAGUGAAUAAGGUGAAUCUAUCUUUAGGCAAAUUUCGGACAAACUAGCAAAAUUUUAAGAAAAAAACAAAAUUUUUAUUAUUUUGAAAUGGUUGAUGCUUAACACGUUUCACUUAAGAUUAGAUUCGUUUUCUUAAAAGUAAUUUUGACUCAAGAAAGACGUUGUUAAAAACGUAUCGCACAAAUUCACAAAAGAAUAGUCUAAGUGGAUGCUGCCAACAGCCCAUUGUAUCCAAAAAUUAGAAAUAAAAAAUUCAUUUGUGUAGAGAUUGGUGACACGACCAAUGAAGAUAAGAGAAUUACCUUAGCUACUCAUUGCAACGUGAAAAAGGCCGGAGUCUAAUGUUUCCUUUGUUCUACUGUCAAAUUUGACAGCAGAACAAAAGAAAAUUUUGAAUUCGGUCUAUUCUCUUCUGCGUUUCUAAGUGCAGCUGCCUGACAACUACAACACGUCUCUCGAACGUAAAUUGGUUCUUUUGGAGUUUCACUUUGAUUUGUUCAGUAGAGUAAAUGUGAAACAUUUAUUCCGCCACUUAGUUGGCAGCUGGCUCGACAACCAUUAGACUAUCCAUGUGAACUUUAUAACUGACGAAUUUUGCAACUCCGAUGAUAUGGUUUUGUGUAACUGUUGUCAAAAUUCUCGUGGAAAUCCUCAUUUUCACAUACUUAAUGUUUCUAUUUACCUUUCUAGCCAAAUUCUUCUACCCACAAUAAACAACAUAUCCGUUUGACGCUACACCACCGAUUUUACCAUUAGUUUUAAUCCUUAUUAAGCUCAUUUUGAGCAUCAAAUCAUACAUCAUCAUUCGCAGUGGAGUUCUUGUUGCUCAAUUUUAAUGACUAAGAAGACGAAUUGACAAAAAUGAUCGCAUUGUGAGAUUUUAGGUUUUCGUUGGAGUUGGUUGAAUUCAGAAUGUUCCACAUUCCAAUUUAAUAUUCUCUUUGUAGUUGAAAAUUUUAUGCGUCACAUCUCGUGUGAGCACUGCUCGGUGAGUGGAGUAGUGAGUGAGCGUAAGGAUGAGUGUUUGUGGAACGUAUUGUAAACCUAAAAUGAAAUUAAAAUGCCAUAAGUUAAGUAACACAAAAGAAAACGAAUGCUCAACCAAAAACUGAACGAUAAAAAGUCAGAAAAUUUUGAGACCAAAUUCAUUUUCUGCAUUUGAGUAAUUUUAAAACCAAAGUGUGUUCGUUAUUUGAUUUGGUGGACGAAAACGAAACAGAAAAUAACGUAAACGUAUUUGUAAGUUUCUGGAUUAAUGAACGUUCGGGAAAACAUUUAAAUUUGUCAAAUAAUGCGUUCAUAUGAAGCAACAAAAUAUUUUAAAAAAUUUCCUUUUAAUUUUAAAUCAGAGUUAACCAACCAAAAUAUCGUAAAGAAUAAAUGGACAUUUUCUUCAAUUAAAUUAUU